AUGGAAGAAUCAUCCGUAUCAAGUAGUAAUGGUAAUACUGUCAAUAAGCGUCGAUCCUUUUUUGGUUUUGGCUCGUUAUCUUCAGCUUCAUCAUCGUCAUCAACAAAUGGUAGUACAAACCAUAACAAUAAACAACGUAAUAGUAGCAGCAGUAACUCAAUGCAGGUAGCGCAACAUCAGCAACCAUCGCCAACAACAGCCGAGAAUACCAGUGCGUCUACUGGGUCAGCAUCAGUAUUACAGCAUAUAAAAGAAGAGGAAGAAGAAGAUAAACACAAUGAUAGAAUGAGCGCCGAAGAGAAAGAACGAAAUUUUCUUCGUCAACAAUACCUCAAUUAUGAUCGCAUCAUUCUUGCCCAACGCAACCCAAUAGGAAGUGACGGUCGACCAAAACGUCCUAAACUUAAAAUCGACGAUUUCCAUCUUUUACGUACACUAGGCACUGGCUCUUUUGGUCGUGUGCAUCUUGCUCAGUCGAAACACAAUGGCCGCUUUUAUGCCAUCAAAGUAUUGGAGAAAGCCAAGCUUGUGCGAUUGAAGCAAGUGGAGCAUACCAACUCUGAAAAGCAUAUUCUCGAAACAGCUGCUCAUCCUUUUAUGGUGAAUUUAUGGGGUACGUUUCAAGAUGAUCGAAAUUUGUACAUGAUUUUUGAUUAUGUACCAGGAGGAGAGUUAUUUAGUGUUUUAAGAAAGAAUCAUCGUUUCCCGGAUCAUGUCGCUAAAUUUUACGCAGCGGAAGUGCUACUAGCACUUGAAUAUUUCCACUCAAAGCAUAUUGUCUAUAGAGACCUCAAGCCGGAAAACCUGUUACUGGAUUCACAAGGACAUAUCAAAAUUACCGAUUUUGGGUUUGCAAAAUACGUGCCUGAUGUAACCUGGACAUUGUGUGGUACACCCGAUUAUUUAGCUCCGGAAAUAAUCCAGUCCAAAGGAUACGGUAUGGCAGCAGAUUGGUGGAGCCUGGGCAUCCUCAUCUUCGAAAUGUUGGCAGGUCAUCCACCUUUUUAUGAUGAUGAUCACUUGAAACUUUACGAAAAGAUUAUUGCAGGCAAAAUCCGAUGGCCUAGUUAUUUCGAUCCACAUGCAAAAGACUUGCUGAAGCGCCUUUUAACAGCCGACUUAUCACGCCGUUAUGGCAACUUAAAAGGAGGAGCAGAAGAUAUAAAACGCCAUAAAUGGUUCGCAGGAGUAGAUUUCAUAAAACUGGCUAACCGACAAGUGAAAUCACCCUAUAUACCAAAGAUCCGUUUCGAAGGUGAUGCAUCACAUUUUGAUACCUAUCCAGAAGAGUCAACUCUAAACUAUGGUGUGGUGGGGGCAGGUCCUGAUCCAUAUCGUGAAAAGUUUCCAGAUUUCUAG